AUGUCCACCAUGACGACCCUCGAAAGGAGUCAUUCCUGCACUUCCAGCAACUCGCUGUCCAUGUCCAGCCCUCGUCUGUCGGUUCGACACGAACAUACCCCGUCGGCCGACUCAGAAAUAUCUCUCAUCCAUCUCCACGACCGCAUGAACCAGUUGGAUUCCCUUGUGCUCGAGCUGCGAUCCACCUUUCUCACCAAGGAGGGCUACGUCGAUCGGCGCAACCGUGAAGAUGACUACAUCCGCCGCGAGUUUGAGAAUCAUCGCGCCAUCUCCCAUCGCAUCGAUCUGAAUGUCGUGGCUCUCCGCACCGAUGUCGACCAGGUCAAGUCGGGAAUCUUUCAACUCAAGUCCAGCACCAACCAGGCCGGUACUGAGACGGUCUUCUUGCGUGGCGAUGUCGAUCGGCUGCAGAAGAGCGUGGAUCAACUCCAGUCUGAUAUGGAGCAGAUGAGAGCCGAUGUCUGUGCUUCGCGUAUCGAUAUCAGCAAGUUGCAAACGGUUACCAGUCAACUUCGCACCGAAAUGAUGACGCUGGAGCACAAGAUGUCACACCAGCUGACCUCGAUGAACACACGCAUGGAUUCGAUGUACUUUCGCAUGGACUCGAUUGAUUCGCGCAUGAAGCAUUCGGAACGUGUUCGCUUCAACUCCCUCGCCCAAACGAUCCACGCCCCCAUAAACCCUGUGCCAUUCGUCACGGACGAUGGGUCAUUGGAAUGGCCCCAGUAUUUCCCUCGAACCGUCUGGCGGUUCUGGUGCCUCAAGAAGCGAAGUCGAGUACAUCGAUUGGUUGAACUCGCAGAGUUCUAUCGGCUAGGUGGCUAUGAAGAUUGGAGUCGGAUGCAUCAAUCGGAAAGCCUGUUUGGCAACGACAGUGAUGCAAGCGAUUCAAGUGACGCCUCGCCCGACCUCACCCGUGCCGAGGCUGUUCGCCAAUACCCCGAGGCGGCACAUCAAGCACUGGCAGCCACUUUGGGUUUGGUGUAUUACAAGAUCCGCAACGAAGUUGGGGAGGGCCCCAAUGCUCGUGCGCUCCCGCGUCCGCCCAAGCGUCAGCAGGAAGAUGUGGCGUCCGUGACCUCGAGCACCAAAUCCAAACCGGCGAAGAUGGCUUGCCGCCCCAACGUAUCUCGUUCAUAUUUGCAUCAACUGGUGACAGGCCCAUCGGUCGAGUCCAAGUCCACAACUUCUGAGGAGUUUGAUAAGCUGGGAUGGAACGCCUUCUCCGAUGUAUCGGAAGAUGCCAUGAGCAAGCUGCGUGCGAUCGACCCGCAAGAUGUUGGCACAGUACUUCGAGCAUUGGAGCAGGGCCGUCUUAAGCUCAAACCCAGCCGCUCAGAACGGCUCAAUAUGUCACCCACUGAAUCGAAGACAAGCCACCCCAGCAGCAAAGCCGCCAUGGAGCCUGCUCAGGAGGAUGUGAUUCCAACUGAGCCGAACACUGUUCCGACUCAGCCAGUUUCUCCUAGUGCUGUUAGAGCUGAGCUGACUUAUGUCCCUGACAUCCCUGACACCGCGUCUGACAGUUGA